GGCAAAUCUAAAGUUCAGCAAGGGGCAAGCAGUGAUCCUGCAGGUGCUAGAAGUGAAGCUUUAGGUUCAAGCAAAAGAGUUCUCCAUGAUCAAGGUGUACACCAGCGUUUUAGAAGUGUAAACAAGACGCUGUGGAAGCGCAUGUUUGGGCGUGGUCGUACGACAGGUAUGAUACUUUGAACAUGCCUUCCUGCAGCUAAAGAACUGCCAUCAUAUCUUACCAGAGAGGACAAAUCCUUUGCUCCACUUGUUUUCUGAACCACACAGCUUAUACAGUAUGUCCAGUAUGUCCCAAUCCACAACAAAAAUAGUGUCAUUUUAUGACAAUCUUUGAAAAUAUGCACAUCUUCAAUGCAGACAUGCUUGGAGCCAAAUUGCUACAUAGUACAUAAGUGGUUACAACCCGGAGAGUAAGGUUUAUCUCAGCUUCACUGAUACUGACAGAUGUGUUUUCACACCCAUCACAUUGUACGGUGUAUAUCUGGUUACUAACAACGGCAAAUAAAGUUCCUUAAGUCCAGUAUCCACAAGCAUUAAUAAGAGAGUAGCACAUUGCAUAAACUGCUAUAGGUUAGCACUGUUUACAGGAACAUCGGUAACUAUUAACAUUUGAUAUACUACAAUGUUCAACAUUGCUUCACUAUACAUAUACAUAUCUCUAGCAUGAGAAUCAAAUACAUUAUAUCCCCCAGCCUCAAUGCUGUAGAUACCAACAUCAGUAAUUGCCUCUGUUAAAAUGAAUGAGUUGUAGUUCAGUGGCAAGAGUGUUUCAAAUGCUGUACCCUGUGAGUGGCAUAUACAGUAGUGAUGGAUGUUACAAGUAUAACUGUCACUGUAUUCAAGGUGGAAAAACUGCUCAAACACUGUCACCAUUCCUGGCAAUUCUGUUAACAUUAACAUAGAUUAUCUUGCAAGCAGUGACAGACUAGAAUAUAAUUGAAUACCAACAAUCAUUACUUGAGUCAUAUCAGCAACUGAAGUAAUCUUUGUUAUCUUACUGUAAAUUAAAGCGCACAGACUCAUUGCGACACAUUGUUGUCCAGCAUUUUUCCCAAACACUGUAACAUUUCCUUGACAGUAUGGAGCAUUAAUUGUUUUUGUAGCAUCUACAUAAACUGAAGGUCCUGGAUUCUUCUCUAUAUCAGUACAAAGCUUAAAUUGGCCAAAAUUAACCCGGUGAUUCAAAUUGUUGUAAGCACUAUAAAACGGAUAAUUGCAUGUACAGAGGGGCAAAUUCUUACUUAAAAGCCUAUUUGGAUAUCUCAUUCCACCUAAAUCGCCUGUGCUUUGAUACUUAGACGAGAGAUACACCUUCCCUCGUUUACGAACUAGUUUUGGAGUUGCCCCUUAAGUAAAAACCUCACACUGUUACAGUUACUUCUGUACCUUUUUAAGUGUAAACCUUUUCUAUUUUUAACGCAACAAUGAAUUUCAGACGACAAUGGUGUAUUUUCCCGAAUACUCUUCCAUACAGAAAGUGUCACUUUCCGUGUUUUCUGUAACAAAGAUUUUAAUUUGUUCAUCGGUAGUCUGCUAGGUGCAUGACGGUAACCGGUCAUUUCGUUCCAUGGUCAGAUCGUUCCAAGUCAGACCGUGCCAAUCAAUAGCAGAUCGUUCCAUGAAAUAGUCAGUUCGUUCCGCAAAAAAGUCAGUUCAUUCCACAUAUGAAAAGUCGAGUAAAUCUUUCUAAAUUUGUUGAGUGAACUUUAUCGAGAAGAAAAACUUUUCGUUCAUACCACGAGCUGAUAAAAUAAUAAUCGAUCCAAAGUCGAUUCGAUCCAUCCUAAAUCGUUUGAAAACAAACAAGAGUCGAUUUCAACCAGCCACGGGCUUUAACAUUUAAACCACCGCUUUGAGAGUUUUUGAGCUAGAAUAAGAUAUAGCACAACAAGUAAAAGCUAUGCCGUUCUAAAGGUACAGUAUUUCGAAGGGCUUGUAACCUAAUUAUUUCUUUGCAGCGCACGAUGUAUGCAAAUUUUGAAAACAACGCGAGUUUCGAUUUUAUAUACUAUGUCGAUUUUAUAGUAAUUUGUCUUGCCGAAAAUAAAAUUGACUAACCUGAUAUAAAUAAAUUUCCCACGACGAGAUCUCUAUUUUCAUUGAUAUGUUUGGUCCGAAAUGGGCACGCGGGCCCCUUAAUUUAGCACGUUUUCCCUCCUGGGACCCUUGCAUUACCCCUGGGUAUUGAGCGUGCUAUUGAAAUGUUUUGCCAAGAUCAGGAUCACUUUUCAGAUCGCUUUUCUAUGCUUUCAUGCCCCGAGAGGGCAUAUACACUUGCGUUUUUUGUGUGCCAUUCCGGUUUUCGUCGCUGAGCAUGGCCUGGGCUCCUGACGCUAUCCUUCCGUAUGUUUUGGAAGCCGUUCGCCCGGCUGUGAUACCUCCUUCGAGUUACCUUUUAUAGCGUGUCGCUUUCAGACUGGAUUUCAUGGCGGGUAUCAUUCUCCAUUUCAUUUCAUAGCGAGUGUCGUUUCGAGUUGUUUCAUAGCGUACGUCGCUUUCAGUUGUUGUAGCAUUUGUCGCCUUCACGUUGGUUUUUCUCGGCGUGUGUCGCCCUCUAGUUAGCCAUUUCUGGCGUGAGUCGCUUUCACUAGUUUCAUGGUGACUUUCAUAUUUUGCUCUCCAUUUUGUGUUUAUAGCGUUUGUCGCUUAUAAGUUUGUUUUUUCAUGGCGUUUGUCGCCUUCAGGUUGUUUUCACGGCGUGUGUCGCCUUCCAGUUAGCCAUUUCAGCGUGUGUCGCUUAUAAGUUGUUUUCAUGGCGUGUGUCGCCUUCAGGUUGUUUUCACGGCGUUUUUCGCCUUUAGGUUGUUUCUAUGGCGUGUGUUGCCUUCCGGUUAGCCGUUUCUGGCGUGUGUCGCUUUCACUAGUUUCAUGGUGUCUUUCGUAUUUUGCUCUCCAUUUUGUGUUUAUAGCGUGUGUCGCUUUUAAGUUGUUUUCAUGGCGUGUGUCGCCUUCCAGUUAGCCAUUUCAGCGUGUGUCGCUUAUAAGUUGUUUUCACGGCGAGUGUUGCCUUCAGGUUGUUUUCAUGGCGUGUGUCGCCUUCAGUUUGUUUUCACGGCGUGUGUCGCCUUCCAGUUAGCCAUUUCAGCGUGUGUCGCUUAUAAGUUGUUUUCACGGCGUCUGUUGCCUUCAGGUUGUUUUCAUGGCGUGUGUCGCCUUCAGGAUGUUUUCUCGGCGUUUGCCGCCUUUAGCUUGUUUCUACGGCGUGUGUCACCUUCCGGUUAGCCAUUUCUGGCGUGUGUCGCUUUCACUCUAGUUUCAUGGUGUCUUUCAUAUUUUGCUCUCCAUUUUGUGUUCAUAGCACGUGUCGCUUACAACUUGCCCAGGCAUGUACCACCUUCAAGUUGUUGUCAUGGCGUGUGUCGCCUUAAGGUUAGCGGCAUUUCUAGCUUUAGACGUUUUCAGACUAGUUUUUAUAACGUGUGUCGCUCUUAGGUUUCCUCAGCCGUGAUAGUGCGUAUCCCUUUCAGGCUGGUUUGUUUAUGGUAUUUUCUGCUCCUCGUUUAGUUUUCGUAGUUUGUGUCACGUUCAGUCUAGUAUUUGGCAUCUUCUGCUCUUAUUUUUUAAUAUUCAAUAUGUCGUUCCUCCCUUUUGGGAUCGUUUUGGUCUUGUAUUUCGCAUUUUCUAUACUUUGCGGUCCGUGUUUUUUCUGUAUGCGUGCUCCUUCGCAUAUCCUGUAGUUUGUCGCGUUUUUAUUCGCGUUCGUUGUUGCUUACGUUUUCUUUUCCGCAACUAGUUUCAGUAUUCGGAAAUUUUCUUCUUCAUUUUUUUGUUUGUUCGGCAGUGUUAUAGAAGUUAAAACAUUAGUUUUUUCUAGUUUAUUUCCCCGGGCCCUUUUGUUUUCUCGUCUUUUAUUCACUUGGCAUUUUUAAGCGAUGUUAAAGUGUUAAGCGUCCAUUGGCAGUACCCACGGCACGUGCUUUUAUCAUCGGUUUUUCUGGUUCGAAUUUAGAAUUCAUAAUCAUGGCAUCUCUGUACUGUUUUGUUUACAAAUAUCAGUGCGCGGUGUACACACUGGGAGGCUCUUAAACGGAAGACGGCCGCUUUCAUCCUGUUAUUUGGAAUUUGUCAUCCACGGUUCUAUGGUUUAGCUGCCUGGGCUGUUUUCUACGUUCCAGAUUUAUUCGGCGCUUGCUAUUUGUUGUUAGUUUUAUGGGCUUAUAGUUAUUUAUGCAGGUUCAUCGACUACAUGUAUACCUCGUGUCACGCAAAUCGGUCCAUCGCUUUGUUUUAGUUGGUUUUUUCUUGUGUGUUGUUUUACUCGCUUCGAGCAAUGUGUCGUUAUUUCAUGACUUUCGGUCUUGUGCUCCUGCUAUCAGUCCGGUCGAUCUGGGGCGGGUACUGUAGUUCUAAAUUAUGCCCGAUACUCUGUCUGUGACGGGGUUCCUGGAUCGGCCUGGUUGGUGGCUCCCCUUUUUCUCCUUUAUUUCUUUUUCCAGUUUCGGUUUAACGCUAUGUACGUUGCCUUCGUGGUAAUCUAUUUCCAAUUAUUUCGCUUUUAGGCACUGUUUAACUUCUGUUAAAACGCAAGAGAUUCCGUCAGAUCUUAUCAUUCCUAGUGUAACUGGAAGGGGAGCCCGCCAGUUGGGCCGGUCCGCUCUCGUCUCCCUUUGGGAAGUCGACCCUUGUUCUCAGGCAAACGUCGGUUUUUCUGUGGUAUAUCAUAGAUUUUCCUUACACUACGUUUUUAAUGCCCCUAGAUAAGAAGGUUAAACUUGCUUCUUUUCAAGAAAAUAUGCUUAGUCACAAGAGGGUAUUUCUAAGUCUCUGCAGAAGUCUAUGGGAAGAUAAACUUCUUUACACUUGUACCUGCCGCCAGGUUGUUUUCUCGUGCGGCGUGUUUGGCCAUAUCACACGGCACUGGCGUCUCCAAGAGCUGUUCCCGCAGGGUGAGCUUUUGAGAUUGGGGGGAAUAUGACGAUUUUUUCUAAGGUUUUUGGCUUAGUGGCGGCAUUCGGCGCUCGGGUAGAAAUUAUUUUCGCCCAUAUCUUAGUAUUCCCCGC